AGAAGAGAAACAAUAUGGCGCCCGUCACAGAAGAAAUACGUUCAUCGUUUUUAUAAAAAAACAAAACAAUUACCACAACUACACGAGAGCGCAGAAAGUGGAUAAACGUUGAAAAGUGAAACGUUUGUAUUUUCCACAACUAUUUGUGGUCUUCUCCGUUGUAUUUUAUUUUACUUUUAUUUUUUUCUGCGAGAAGGCAGAAGACAGAAAGCUAAGCUAACCUAAUGUUGUAGUAUGAAAUCAAAUCGAAUUUAGCCCCCAUCCCACCUGAAACAAAAAGACAGCGCUUAGACUAUUUGUGUUGGUCCAAACUCAAAAGUCGAAGCUUGCUUGGAAGCUGCGAACCAAACCAGACGCGGAAGUUCUCCCGUGAAGUAUUGCUACUGUGUGGGGAGACAAAAUGUGUAAAGUCCGGAUGCUGAGAGCUUUGUUGAAUCAGCGACUAAGUGCCGCUGUGGAAGAAAUUCUUGUGGCGGUUGAAACAACUAUCGCCGAGUACGAGGAGGAGCUUUGUCGAUCCAAAGAGGAGAUCGAGCGACAACGACAACUGCUCGACGCCGUUUUCAAGUCUCCACUUGAAGUUGGACUACACCAAGCAGGUGUUUCCCCUGAGCAUCGGCAGCAUGAACCCGAAUCCCAUUCCGUGAAAGAAGAGGAAGAAGAAGAAAAGCAGGAGCACUUCCCCAGCGUUGGGCCGGAGCAGCAGCGUGAAGCCGAGCUCCUCCGAGUUAAAGAAGAAAAGAAAGAAGAAGAAGAGGAGGACGAGGAGGAGGAAGUGCAAGUGAGAGAGCAGUUGGAGCCGCUCACAGAGUUGCCAGGCCAGAGGAAACAAGGCACCAAGAGGAAGGCGACGAGCCCUCGGGACACUUCUGGGCAAGUCGUGAACAUUUUUGGCGAUGAGGAACUCCCGUCGCUUUGGGAAGACUGUGCGGAGCCGCCGGUUGCGGUUGAACUCGCUGAUGACUCGUCGUCCUCAACCUGUGGUGAGGGUGAGAAAAAGAAGAGUUCGACUUUUGCGUGGACACGGCCCGACAAAGAAGUGUUGGCUGCCUUUUUUGAGAAGUACCCCAUGUUUUAUGACUCCUGUUUGGAUGAGUUCAAGGACCCAAGUAUCAAAAGAGCCGUGGUGAAGCAGUUUGUGAAUGAGCAAUUUGAACACAAGGGCCGGCCCGCGCCAACCUACAAGCAAGUCAUGGGCUUUCUGAAAAAUUACAGGACCAGGUUUGUCAAGCUAAACAGCAAAAAGUCCACGCAGGCAGAUGAGCAGUUAACAGCGACGGAGCAGUGGAUUUUGGACAACUUUGCCUAUCUCCGCCCACAUAUCAAGAAGAGGCGUGGCAGACGAACACACCAGGCGUCCUCCAAAACACAAUCGCAAGCUCGGCCAGCGGCAAUCGCCUCAGACAGUGACGUGGACGACACCGUGCCGUCCACCAGCGCCGUGUGUGGCCGCAGGCGAGCGCAGGCGGGCAGCAGGCCGAGCGGCUGGGCCGGGCGAGACGUCGCCGCCGUCCCCGGCGACGCCCAUGAGCUGCUUUCACAGCUUUUGAGCAGAGCUGAUCAAGCAGCGCAGCGGAGAAUCGGACACAGCGCGGCCCUCCCGAGCCACGAGGCGGAAGUCAAGCGUUUCACCCAGUAUCUGAAGGCUCUCAUGAUGAACAUUCCGGAAGGCCAGACUUGAAGAGGACUCCAGCCAACAGAUCACGGCGACGUCCGUGCGAUAAGCCAAGGAGACGCUGGAGAGCCGAGUGGUUACCGCGUGAGAACACAAGAACUGGACGACCACUUGGAUCAACUCAUGCAAACCCUAAAUGGUGACAAGACCAAAAUUAAGCCCCCAAAUGAUGGCAAUUGGACCUGCUCCGAGUGCGGCGAAACUUUCGAACAGCGUUCCUGUCUUAAAAGCCACGCAUCAUGUCACGCCAGCGACAAGCCGCUCAGCUGCUGGUUUUACGCCCGCAUAUUCAAACAUCGCUCUGCGUUUGAGAGAUCCAUCGCAUCCACACAUGAGGGGAGAAAACUUUCAGCUGCUCUGCGGCAGUGCCUUCAGCCGCCACACCGGCCUAGACGACCACAUGAGGACUCGCCCGUGUGGAUACAUCCUGUUUCUCUGUCAAACUAAAAUAUAAAAAAAAAUCCUCAUGGUUUACGUUUCACGAGCCUGUUGCAAACACACAAUUCAAAACACCACUGAUUAACUAACAAAGAACACUACUCAAAGGUAUAGAUUCUUGAUCCUCUCCAGAAAUGACGACUGGUAAUAUACCUGCAGCUUACUGAGGACCGUCUCCAUGGACAUCUGUUUUCUGUAUGAACCUGCUGCCCCCUAGCAUGGAAGGAGCAGCAGUGUUCAAUGAAAUGAAGCAACAACAAAAAAAGUGGCAAAAACAAUUUCAUGACAUUCUAUUUAGUUACAGUACUUUAUUAAUCUAUGCUUUUAUAGAGCGCAAGAUAAUGAAGUGCUAUUUACAAUA